GAGCUGUGAUUGGACAGGAGGCCAGUUGCUGGAGAGCAGAGAAUACCCUGCCCUGUCGCCGUCAAAUAUAAAUCCACCGCAGCCAGGCUAGCGAUAGCGGGACACAAACCUCAGCGAAACAGAGCCGCUAUUCAUCACUGGAGGCGACAUCACACACAGGAUGCCUGGCUCAGCCCCUAUUAGUUGUUUAGGACCAUGGCCCAAAGAUGUCGGUGUCAUUGCCAUGGAAGUGUACUUCCCAUCCCAGUAUGUGGAUCAGGCAGAACUGGAGCAGUUUGACAGUGUGUCCACUGGUAAAUACACUGUGGGCCUGGGCCAGGCUCGCAUGGGCUUCUGCUCCGACCGCGAGGACAUCAACUCUCUGUGCCUGACUGUGGUCCAGAGGCUGAUGGAGAGGAACACCUUGUCCUAUGACAGCAUUGGCCGACUGGAGGUUGGCACUGAGACCAUCAUCGACAAGUCCAAGUCUGUCAAAACAGUCAUUAUGCAGCUGUUUGAGGACUCGGGCAAUACAGAUGUGGAGGGCGUUGACACCACAAAUGCUUGCUAUGGCGGUACAGCUGCACUCUUCAAUGCUGUUAACUGGGUGGAAUCCAGCUCAUGGGAUGGGCGUUAUGCUUUGGUAGUAGCGGGGGACAUUGCUGUCUAUGCCACAGGGAGUGCUCGGCCUACAGGGGGUGCUGGUGCCGUGGCCAUGCUGGUUGGACCUAAUGCUCCCCUGGCCUUUGAACGAGGUCUACGGGGAACCCACAUGCAACAUGCAUAUGACUUCUACAAGCCAGACAUGGUGUCAGAAUACCCUGUAGUGGAUGGCAAGAUGUCCAUAGAGUGCUACCUGAGUGCCUUGGACCGCUGCUACUCUGUGUAUCGCAACAAGAUCCAUGCACAAUGGCAAAGAGAGGCCUCAGAGAAACGCUUCACUCUGGAGGACUUUGGCUUUUUAGUAUUCCAUUCUCCGUACUGCAAGCUGGUACAGAAGUCACUGGCUAGACUGAUGCUGAAUGACUUUCUGAGCCACCCAAGCCCCAACACUGAGACAGGACCCUUCACAGGCCUUGAUGCCUUCAGAGAUGUAAAGCCAGAAGAGACCUAUUUUGACCGAGAUGUGGAGAAGGCCUUCAUGAAGGCCAGCGCAGAUCUGUUUGAGAGGAAGACCAAGCCAUCCCUGCUAAUCUCAAACCAGAAUGGAAACAUGUACACCCCUUCUGUCUAUGGCUGCCUGGCAUCACUUAUUGCGCAACACACACCUUCACAAAUAGCAGGACAGAGGAUUGGAGUUUUCUCCUAUGGUUCAGGAUUUGCUGCUACUCUGUAUUCUCUUAGAGUCACACAGGACCACACGCCUGGAUCUGGUCUGGACAAACUUGUGUCUAGCCUGAGUGACCUUAAAGUUAGAUUGGACUCAAGGAAGAAGGUUUCUCCUGCCGUCUUCUCUGAAAAUAUGAAGCUGAGAGAGGAGACACAUCACUUGGCCAGCUACGUCCCUCGAGGCCCAACUGAAGAUUUGUUUCCAGGGACAUGGUACUUGACAAGAGUGGAUGACAAACACCGCAGGGAAUACGCUCGUAGACCUUUGGAGGAUGACCUGCCAGCGGAGCCAGAACUUGUUCGUUCUAGCACUGCAACUGAGCACAUUCCCAGUCCAGCCAAGAAGAUGCCUCGCAUUCCUGCAGCCACUGCUGGCCCUGACGCCACCAUCAGCAACUGACAGCACUCUGCUUAGUUCUGAGAGUUAUCAAGGUGCAACAGUUUGGGAACUAUAACAACUAUCUCACUCUAGAGGUCAGAUGGCUAGCAAGAGAAGGCAAUGUCACCUCUAGAUGAUUAUGUUAAACAUGAUUAGAUUGAAGCAGUGUGUUAUUGAAGUGUUCAGAGGAGGACUGUGUCCUGCCUGUACCCGUCCUGUCACCCCCUUGUUGACACGUGCUGUCGGACAGUAAAUUCUAUAUCUCACCAGAAUCUAUUCUUACCUUCUUAUCUAUUAUUUGCAGUCAUUUGUUUAUUUUAGCAAGCCUCUGUUUUGAUUUUGCAUUUGAGCAAAGGGGACAGUUACAUUUAGGAGGAGUGCAGGCAGACAGUAGCCUUGAAUGUUGCAAAUAUCAAGUGUCCAGCUGCCAGCCAGUAUCAGUAAGAUUAAAAAGACAUAAUUCCAUGUGGCUUCAGGCCUCCUGCAGAUAAAUGAACAAAAGGGAGUGGGCAUCAGCUGCUUGUUUAUAUAAAUAUAGUGCUGCUGCCACAUAAGCACAGCAUGUGGUGGAGCUUUAACCCCCACUCCUGCUGUUGGUAUUUAUUACCUCAUUUUUCCAGGACUAGAUUUGGACUCUGUUUUCAUCAUGUGACCUUGUGACCACACAUCAGUAACAGCUGGACUCCAGAUGCAAAAUAAUGCUCUGCCAAGAAGGCUUCAGAAUCUUCUUCAAACAUCUCUCUAAAGUCUAGCAACAUAGCUUGAUUCUGCAGUGAGGUAUCCUCAUCUUUACUUAACCUUCCAGUCUUAUCGGGUUUUUAGUGUCUAUUUAAAACAGUUACAGGAGAUAUUUGAUAACAGUUUAAUCAUUUCACUAGUUCAUAAUUUGAAAAUACCAAACCUUCUCUGGCUUCAGCAUCUCAAUUGUGUAUUUAAAAAAAAAAAAAAAAAAAAAAAAAAAAACCUACCUUUUUGAAACUUGUCAACUGAGUAUCUUUAUUUUUGACUAUUGGCCAGACAAGUUGUUUCAAGAUGUCAACUUGGACUGUGGCUACUUGAACUGGACAAUGCUCGCAUUUUUUAAAAAAUUGUUUUUGGUUUUGCGAGCUGCAUGAUUAAUCUUUUCAGAUAUAAAAUCAAUUGCAGCUGGCUGUUUUCCCAAACCACCUUUCAAUGCCCUAGUUAUAGUAUUUGCAUUUUCAUUGCCACCACAUGUAUUAUGUUCAACAUGUUAAAAACAAAUCUAAAAAUAACAAGGAAGUCAGUUGAAAAUUGUUGCUAUGACAACAUUGACAUUGUCCCUGAGUCGCUUGUAUUGUAAUGUUGCCCAGCAGUAGCCAACAUCAGCAUACAACCAAAAGACAAAGAAGUAAUUAUAUAUGUAUCAUUGCAAUGUCUGAGAAAUGUAACCAAUGUAGGUUAACACUGCAAAUAUCAUUUGCUUGGAGUACAAAUAAUCAGUGGAACCACAGCACUCCAGCCACCAGCAGGAGAUACAAUAAACACUUACUGUCCACCAAGCUAAAAUAGCCUCAAUCAGAUACAACCACCCUUCCAGGUGCCAGUCACAUUGAACAGUGUUGUGUGCUGCUGUUGAACUGUAUUGUUAUAUUGGUGACGUUUCCAAAAUUGUCUUUGCCCAAUUUCUGAAAAUAAUGGCAGACUAGUUAUGAAACAUAUCUUUGUGUUAUACAAAAUUGCAAUGUUUCAUCACUACUUUUCUCAAACUACGAAAGAUACGACACAAACUGGCUCUUAGGACCUUGAUGACGCCUAGCUUUACUGCAGGGCUGAAUCAGUUGGAGAGAGACAAACCAAUUGGAAACAGUGUGUAAAUGUGACUGGAGUCAUAUUAAAGGUUUCAUCUGUGUAUUUAAUCAUAUGCCAAGGAAAGCAUCUUAGGUUCUGUAACUGUCGUCAUGUCAGAUUCAUUAAAUAACAAAAAUAUAAUGCAGUGGUUCGUACUAAAGCCUUAAUGUGAAACGGCUUCAUUUGGUGAAGUUACAGGACACUGAAAGAAAAUUCUAGUGAUGGCAUAUAAAAGUGAGCAGUUUGUUAUUUCAUCGUGGUUGUUUUUCCUGUGUUUCCACUGACAUUAAUUUGAGUUGAUAACACUGCAGUCAGCAGCAAAACACAAAUGCUGAAACGGAGCUAAGGCAGAAAACGUUAGCCUUAAAAUAGCAGGCUUUGUUCUGUUUGUGUUGCAGACUUGUACACAGGGAUCAGUGAAGUUGUGAUAGUUGAUGUAAAGAUGACAUCAUUCUUAAGCCUUACAGUAAGUACAUUUCAACAGUAGACAAAGCUUUUCAUUCAAUAAUGUACAGAUAAUAUUUUUUAAUUGUACAGUAAAUGGUAAAAUGCUCUACAGUUACGUGGGGCCUUUUACCUACUCCACAAGCGCUUUACAAUGUUUCUCAUUUACCCACUCGCAUACAACGCAAGGUGCUAUAAUGUCAUUGGGAGCAACCUGGGGUUCAGUGUUUUGCCUAAAACGCUAAGGGAUCAAACCACCAACCCUGAAGUUUGUGGACAACCUGCUCUACCAUCUGAGUUGUACUUACACAAACUUACAAGGCACACACACACACAGCGGACUUGGUAUGACUGCAAUACUACAUGUGUGGUACAUGUUUGUACACCCUCUCUCAGAGUUCACAGAAUCUUUUCCAGUGUUGAAUAGUAUGUAGAGUACAAACUAAGAUUAUUUAUGCCAUGUAGAUAUGAAUGUAAUGAUGUCUCAGAUUCAUUUUAUCUGAACAGUUUGUAUAAACAUGUAGAUUCAAAAUAAACUACGCUGAACAUG